AUGGAUCCCCCUCCUUCGGCGGCUGAAGUUACGUUGGCGGGACUUUUCGGAUGUAGUAUCGGUGAUAUCCGGAGUCUUGGGGAGGGGGAUGACAGCGGAAUCUGCCGGGACCCAAGGGCUUCGCAGGAAUGGUACUGUCUUGUUUCAGGAUGCGCUCGUAGUCGAGGAAAGGGACCGGCUUGGACGUCUAGGGAAGCCCUGCGAGCUCCCGUUGACCUGCACUGUUUGGGGGAGCUGCAGGGGGGUGCCUUGGUUGGUGUUGGAAAGCUGGACAAAGAUGGGCAUCUGAUCCCUCUUGAUCGGGAUGCGCGCCCCAUUGUUAUGGCGCAGGUGUUCCGUAAACUUGCGUUGGGGGUGCAGAUAGUUGCGGGAGCUGAUAUUCAAAUGUUGAAAACGCCCGUCUAUGGACAGCAGGAGUUCAUGCAAGAAUUCUGCGACGUGCGGCGUUCGCAGUAUGAACAGAUAUUCCGAGCCUUGGAAAGUUUGGAUUGUAAGCAUGUGGCGUUUCACUUGAUCGGUUCAAACAGGCUGUCGAAGCUCUCGUGGAUCAACCACUUUCCGAACUAA